CAAAUUAACAUAGAAACUUAUAUGUUUUGACGUUUAUAUGUAAUUUUUCUUUCUCGUCCAGCUGUGGUUUUUUCUUUUUUCUCGAAAGUGUUGUUCUAACAGAAAAAUCAUUCGGAAACUACGCGUAUAUAAUGCAACGUUCGAUUGUUCAAUACUACGGUGAACAAAACCGUUCACGAUGUGGCUACUGCCGAAAUUCCAAUACAAGCAAUUCCCAUGGUAUGCACGCCUACACUAUGACUCCCCAUGACUACCAGGACCUCAUAGACCGAGGGUGGAGACGUUCAGGGAAUUACUGUUAUAAACCAAACAACCCCGCGACUUGCUGUCCGAGCUACACGAUCCGAUGUGACGUUCACGACUUCAAGCUGUCGAAGUCACAGAAAAAGGUGCUGAAGCGGAUCAAUCGGUUCCUGCUGACAGGGAUAAAGGAAAAAGGCGAGUCCCAGGAGAGUGAUUAUAGCAGGGAGGUCGAUCAGACGACCGCUGCGGGGGAAUCUGAUGGAUUGUCAAGGGAGGAACCUGAUAUUCCACAGAUCGCACUGAAAGACAUCGAAGUGACGAAAGCAAAGGAGGAAUUCCUGGGAGUCGCGACAACCUCGAAUGCGGUGAAUGUAGAAUCGACAGCGGCGGAUCUGAACCUGGUGCGAAGCGCGCAAGGUGAAAAGCGGCGGGACGAUGCCAACAGUGCAGAUUCACAAGAACCCGUCCGGCCACCUUGCAAGAAAGCAAAGCAAAUGCGUCUUGAGCGGCGUCAAGCCAAAUUAGCGGCGAAAGGUAUUACAGAGGAUACAAGUAAGCUGCCAAAAGCACCUGCCAAUCAAGAAAAGAGUCUGAGCGACUACAUCGAAGAAGUUCACGAGAAUCCUCGUCAUAAGCUAACUCUGAAACUUGUCGAAGUGAACAGUAAGGAAUUUGAAGAUACUCAGGAUGAGUCGUAUCGUUUGUAUAAAAAAUAUCAAACUUUUAUUCAUCGAGAUCCUCCAGAAGGUACUGAAGAUUAUUUAUACUUUCUAGGAAACUCUCCGUUGCAGUAUCAAAGGACUCAUGACGGGCCUGAACAAGGGUACGGUUCUUUCCAUCAACAGUAUUGGCUUGAUGAUCGUUUGAUUGCUGUUGGUGUUAUCGAUAUUUUGCCGUACUGUGUUAGUUCGGUGUAUUUCUUUUAUGACCCCGACUUCAACUUCUUAUCGCUGGGAACGUACGGAUCUCUAAGGGAAGUGUACUUAACAGAUCAGCUCUCACAACGGACUCCUGCGCUUAAGUAUUAUUACAUGGGCUUCUAUAUUCACACCUGCCCGAAAAUGAUUUACAAAGGACGUUUAUCCGCAUCGUAUCUAUUAUGCCCUGAAGUGUAUUCAUGGCAUUUGCUAAAUGACGAAAUUCGCAAGAAACUUGAUGAAUCGAAAUAUCAACGUCUCAAUGCAGAUCCCGAUGCAAGAGAUGCAAAUGAAUUUCGAGAAGAGGAUCUGGACGCGGUUUUGGUAUUAAUUAAUCAAAACUCGUACAUGACGUAUAGAAAUUAUGCGCAGUCAUUUUGCGUAGAGAGUGUAGAUCAAGUUUUGGAUUUUCUCAGAAGGACAUUGAAUAUCGAGGCUCUUGGUCCGGAUGAAACACGAGCGGAAUUAUUGGAGUACGGACGAUUUGUGGGACGACAAUGUGCACACCGAAUGCUCUUUGUGAAACUGUAAUUGCCUUUGUGAUCGAUCAACUGUUUGGAUUGCCCUUUUGCUUCUUGUGUUCGUCCCUUUUCAAUUCGCGAAUCAAACCAGUAUUAUAUCCGGUCCAAGGACGUAAAGCUGGAAUGAAAUACGGAAAGAUUAGAUCUCGUUUGCAUUGAGCAUAUUCUUGCGUUGAUUAUAAGUAUAGAUAAAGUGUUUGAAUUUGUUAAAAAUAUUAUAAUAGCAUAAUAAUGAAUACACUAUUUUAAUUAUACUCAA